GUUGUCCAUGCUAUGGAGAACUUCACAGCACUUUUUGGUGCACAGACUGAGCUGCCGCUGCUACCAGCCAUACUGGGCUUUGGGCAGGGGAAGCCGCCCCCUCCACCUCCUCCUGCAGGCGGGGGCCCUGGAACGGUCCCGCCACCUGCUGCCGCCCCAGCUCCUCCCGGCGCUGACAAGGCGGCAGCUGGGUGCAGACCCUUCUACCUGAUACGGGAACUCCCAGGCAGCACGGACCUGACAGGCAGCACCAAUCUGAUCACUCACUACAACUUGGAGCAUGCCUACAAUAAAUUCUGCAGGAAGAAGGUGAAGGAGAAGCUGAGUGACUUCCUGCCCGACCUGCCCGGGAUGAUUGACCUGCCCGGCUCCCAUGACAACAGCAGCCUCCGUUCUCUGAUCGAGAGGCCGCCCAUCCUUGGUGGUUCUUUCACCCCUAUCACGGGCACCAUGCUGGCAGGCUUCCGCCUGCACUCCUGCCCGCUGCCAGAGCAAUGCUGCCUGAUGCAUCUCCAACCCCCCAAGAAGAAGAAUAAGCACAAGCACAAACGGAGUCGGACCCAGGACCCCGUCCCCCCAGAAACUCCGUCCUAUUUGGAUAACAAGAAAAUGAAAAAAGAAGAAGAUCCUGAGCAGAAAAGGAAGAAGAAAGAAAAGAAUAACCGACACAGGCCAGAGCAUCCGGGUAUGGGCAGCUCCCAGGCCAGCAGUAGCCUCCGUUAA